CACACAGGCGCGAGCGCGCGCACACACUCACUCGCUGACGCGCACGCGCAAUGUUUGAUUACUGUAACGACCUAAUGUGCGCCAAGUGAAGGCGGACAGACACUACGGUGAAGAGGCUCGACUCGCUCAACAUGAAAGCGCCGGUAAGAAUCUCAUCUUUCUCGGUUUAAGAUGGACCCGUUUCUCAGCCAUUUCACUGGACCGCGUCACAUACUUUAAGCUGAAUUGUAGACACGAUGGAGUUGGUUGAGUUGUCUUACGUCCAACAGAUGUUCAACGACUCGCGAUUUCAAGGAAAUUUAAGUGCACUAGAUGAAGUGGACGAGCCUCUACCUAGAAGCGCAAAGAUCACCAUCGUUGUUGUCUACUUGAUAGUGUGCGUGGUGGGGCUCGUGGGGAACUGUCUGGUCAUGUAUGUAAUUAUCAGGUACACAAAGAUGAAAACAGCCACCAACAUUUACAUCUUUAACCUGGCUUUGGCUGAUGCACUGGUUCUGGCCACUCUUCCUUUCCAAGGCACUGAUGUCAUCCUUGGCUUCUGGCCCUUCGGUCUGGCCCUGUGCAAGGCUGUGGUGGCCAUUGACUAUUACAACAUGUUCACAAGUGUCUUCACCUUGACCGUAAUGAGUGUGGAUCGCUACAUAGCCGUCUGCCACCCUGUGCGCUCGCUGACAGUUCGGACCCCGCUCCGGGCCAAGCUGAUCAAUGUGGCUGUGUGGGUGCUGGCAUCGGCUGUAGGACUGCCCGCUAUGAUCAUGGGUCAGGUGGAGAAGGACGAUCACGAUGGUGCCGAGUGCAUGGUGAGCCUGCCUGAACCAAGAAAGCACUGGGAUCGUGUGUUCAUGAUGUGUGUGUUCCUCUUCUCUUUCUUGAUCCCUGUGCUGAUCAUAAGUGUCUGCUACGGCCUGAUGGUGCGUCGGCUACGCAGUGUACGCCUCCUGUCCGGCUCACGGGAAAAAGACCGCAAUCUGAGGAGGAUCACCUAUAUGGUAUUAUCGGUGGUGGCCGCUUUUGUGUUUUGCUGGAUGCCGGUGCAGGUCUUGGCUUUGAUUCAGGCUCUGGGUCAUGUGGAACUCGGGGCCAGUCAGUCCUCGAUGGCAGCCAUGCAUUUCUGCAUUGCUUUGGGUUACGCAAACAGCUGUUUAAACCCCGUUCUCUAUGCCUUCCUGGAUGAAAACUUCAAGCGCUGUUUCCAUGAGUUUUGUAUCCCAGCCAAUUCUGAUCUCUUUCUAGAAGAGCAGCGUAAGAGGUCAUUGAGGCAGGGGAGAGAAUGUGCUGAGUUGGAGGAAAAGGAGGUUGUGAUUUAUCAUUGCGCUGCUCCGGUGUGUGCGGAUUAGAGCUUUUAGAAUUGCCAAUGUUCUUGUAUGGUAACGUCUGGACUUGUGAGCAAAGUUGACACUAGCAGAGAGUAAAUGCAUGUUGUUCUGGUUAAAAGUUUCCAGAAGAUAAUAACCCAGACUUAUUAUGAAAAUGUAGCCCUAUAUAUGUUUAGAACACCAAAUACGUUGAUGUUUUUGUAUUUUUGAAUCCACCAGAGGCCGCUGUGUACGUUUUUUGAAAUCUCAAAUUUUUCCUGCGAGUGCCAUUCAUGCCUGCUCUUCUCACAUAAAUCCAGCAGAAGCCACUGUCGACUUACUGAUCGACUGACUGACUGACUGACUGACUGACUGACUGACUGACUGACUAAACGACCGACCGACCGACCGACCGACCGACUGACCGACCGACCGAUCCUCCUACCCGCCUGCUUUCCUAAACCCAACUGAUAGUGUUUUUUUAAAAAGCACCAAUUGACAAGCAAUUCAGGCUACAUAACUAUUGAUCUCCAGAAAUGUAUAUAGGGCCACGUUUUCAGAAUGAGCCUAUGUUGGAUGAUAUGGUUCGUAUCUGAAUUCGAAAUAUGAAUAUACAAGAGCAUUGUUUAAAUGGGGAAAAAGGGCUCUUCCUCCUUUAUUAUUACACCUUGUGGAUUGCUUUACAUUGUUUGUUGUAGUCUUUAUUUGAUUAAAUUAUAAAUUCACUGCAUUAUGUCUGUUAAGAAUUGCUUUUGUCCCAGCAGGCACUGGACAUCAACAUAAUGUCAGAUUGACGUUGUACCUCAACAUCGUGGGGACAUUGCAUUUUGGGUGGAAAUGAAAAUCUGGUUGACAUUAGAACCCAACGUCAGUGACUAUGCUUACAUGGACACCAAUAAUUCGAUUUUAAUAUGAUUAAGACAAUCCUCUGAUUAAGAGUCUACCAUGUAAACAGUGACUACGUUUACAUGGACAUCAGUAAUCGAAUUAUUUGCCUUAAUUUAGUUAAGACAAUAAUAAGACUAAGUUGUUUACGUGAGUUGCUUUUUGAAUGUUUCUUUCAUGAUCCUGUUUUGCAUGUUAUAGCACAUAAUUAGAUUAACGUCAUUGCGUCACCGCGCUAUGCACAUUUCCUCGGAGUUUCAUGUAAUUUCGGGAGUUUUAAUAAUUAA